AUGUCUUUGGUUCCCAGGAAUAAGACUAUUGUAAAUAGAGUCCAACGUAAAGCGCUUCUAAGAGGCAUAUGCAGCUACCGGACGGUUUCAUACACGGCUACAAACAUUUUGUCCGGCAGUCCACCGGCCGACUUACUGGCCGAAGAAAGGAAAGCCAUGUUUAGCGAGAAGAGGUCUGCCUCACGCUGCCAGCUCUCCCCCCGAGCAGCUACCAUGAGGAAGUGGAAAGCGCGCAUUGCCGAAGCAAAAACCGGUGGCUGGUCUAAGCGGCUAAUAUCGGACGUCGAUUUGUGGUGCGGAAAAAAAGGCGACCUGGACUUCCAUACAACCCAGAUCCUUUCUGGACACGGUUGCUUCAGGGUCUAUCUCCAUAGAAUCAAAAAAGAAGAAUCAGACAUGUUCCACCACUGCAAUAUGAGCCCAGAUAGCGCGGAGCACACUGUAGUCGAGUGCCCGGCCUGGGAUGAAGAACGGCUUCUACUAGAACAUGCGACGGGCAAGUUGGUUACAGUGGACAACCUUGUGGCCCACCAUGCUGGCCUCCCCCGCGAAUUGGCAGGCCGUCAGAGACUUCGCCAGAGCGGUGAUGACAAAAAUAGAAGGUGA